CGCGCUGUUGGGGCCCAGCCGGCCACCUUCCAUCGAAAUUCGAGAAAUCGAGUUGGACACCCCGAACCCCUGACGGCAGCCAGCGCGCAGCUUGCUUAGUUCAUAUGCAAAUUACACGUGGCGCAUGCCAGCGUGUGGGUGUUUAGGUGAGUUGGGGAUUUGGGAACUUGGGAUUUGAGGUUGGGGUGCGGACUCUGCCGGAACCUGGAUUUGGCGGGAUGAUGAGCGGGACGGGGGUGUUGACUGCCCUAUUUGAGUGCUCCCUUGCUCGCUUGCUGCCACAGCGAUUCCUCUGAGCUAAUUUCUUCCGAGCACCUGAGCGUUCCGUUCAUUGUGCUUCAAUUCCUGCAUUUAUCGCGUUCAUCGUGCUGCAAUUCUUCCCAAGAUGUCUACGAUCAUUUCUAUUGAGCAAUUCAAGCAGCUUUUGGAGGACGCCCUCAAGCCCAUCAAGGACGAGGUGGCUGGCCUCUCCACGAAGGUGGAUGUCCUCUCCACGAAGGUGGCUGCCAUCUCCACGAAGCUGGAUGACGUCUCCACGAAGCUGGACAAGACCAUGGUCAAGGUCGACAUCCUUGUCGUGAAGCAGCAGAACUCGGCAGCAACGCGGAGCGACCGUCUGCAGGUGGUUCCUCGACCGGACGGCUCCAUGCCAACGGUGGACUUUCCCGAGUCUAUCCUGCAGCUCCUGGUUGCGGGCAACGAAUCGCUGCCCGACGGUUCCCGGAACACGUGGAACAAGAGCAAGUCCAAGUCGCUGCUACGACAGUAUGAGGAUGCAAGCGAGAGUGAGAGCGAGACGGACGACAACGAGUACUCGUCCAAGUCGCGCGCGCGGAGGCUCAAGCUUGCCCGACUCCUGGGCAUCAGCAAUACUCAGCUCAACUUUGCGCAGAUGACGCUGUAGGCGCCUGCAUCGCCCGCUGGAGCAACACAACCGGUGUUUUUUGGGCUGAGCCCCCCCAGCGAAGCGUUCCAGGGGGGGGGCGAAGCCCCCCAGGAACACCCCUGUCCGUGGCUGCGUGGCUGCGUGGCUGCGUGGCUGCGUGCGUCGGCAAAACAUAGCAUACUGGCACAAACUGCGACUGCUACGUAUUAGUAUUUGUUAAUGCCUAUUGCAUGUAAAUAGGUGGCAGGGAAAAUUCGGGCGGAGCGAGAAGUGCCUUCGCGCAUCCAUGGAAAUUGACUUUCGCGAGGUCGCGAGGAAAGCAUCCGGUGCCCGCCGAUAUGCAAUCUAUAAGACAAACUAUGUUGGCGGCAAGCAAAGCGGGGAAGUAUAUCGAAAGUUGUGAGCGACUUGCUGAGCCAUGCCUGCCGACGCGCCAGAAUGCCGAGAAGCCCCGAGGUCACCCCCGCCCCGCGCCUAGCCCUUUGAGCGUGGGGCGCCGGGGAGGUGUUGAGUAUGGCAGGAGGCGAAAGAUAUGCGUGGGGUGUUUCGGAACGUGACAAGGCACGCAUGUGGCGCGGGAAAUCCCGCACGACCCCAACCCGAGUGUCCCUAGCCGAUGCACCUGCGCGUCGUAGCGGCAUGGAGGCUCUAACGGGGCGUUACACGCCUAUUAGCUCCCAAGCGUACGGGGGCUCAGCCCAUUUUCCAGCUGUACAAAGCUGACACCCCUUGUCAACACCACCCUUUGGCUAUGUGCCUGUGGAAACCGACCCCGGCUAUGUCCGGGCGAUGAGGUUGUUCGGCCUCAGACUGUGGAGGGGCUCAGCCCCUUUUCCCGUGACCGGGGAACACUUGUCAACACCACCAUGAGGGGCGGUGGCGAAUGAGGGCUUCCUACCGUCAUGCCUGCCCCACAGCUACCACGAGGCAAGGCGGUGAAGCCCACUGCCGCACCGCGUCCACUGCAAGCAUAGCGCACACCUGCAUAUACCAUGGCGACUGUGCCUGGCACGGCCCCACUGAUCUGCACAAGCACACAUACACAUGACGUCAUACGGCAGGCUGCGACUGCUGAAGCCCGUGCAGCGGUGCCGGGAGCUGUGCGCCUCGCAGGCCUGCCGCACAUCCCCCACCGCCCAUACGUGAUGAUGCGGGAGGGGGGCGGGGCUGCGCCACGCCAGGGCAUGCGGUGCCUUGGCCUUCGCCACUGCGGUGCCUUGGCGUAUAGGGGCACAUGGCUGUGGGGUAGGCGUGGCUUAUCAGGUGCCCCUGCACU